CGCACAGGUUUAUCAGCUCCGGACUGCUGGAACACUGUAGAAAGCCGGAAUCUGGUAUGUUUUUACUUCGAAACGUUUUAUAUAAAACGGUCAGAUUACCGUUUGCACCUUCAGUGUGAUUGAUUAACACUGAACUUAUCCCGGUUCCAAAGCGGGCGAGCUCGGAUUGACGGUGUAACCGGCACCACGGCCAUUACCGUUUUUUGGCGGCGUGCAUAAGGAAACCGACGCCUAACUGUCACUCAAUCCGGCAUCAUUACAGUGUGAGAUACAUCCCUGCAGUCCAGUGAAGAUGAGUUUCAGGACCACGGAGAGUUGGCGGUGCGUUAACGGCACUUGCGCGGAGAAAGUUGAACCCUUCCCUCCACCGCUCUCUUCCACCUUCGCACUCAUCCUCCUUGGCGCCGCGAUCGUCGGCAUUGUGGCGCUUUCUCUAACAACGCACCACUGCCAUAAAGGCAAAAUAAAGAGGCGGAAGAUUCAGCGAGCUCAGGAUGAAUAUGAGAGGGAUCAACUCAGCCCUGCCCCGGCUGCAAAAAUAGCGGAUCGCUGCGUGAUCGCGCGUCCUGCCGCCGGACACACCGAACCUCCGCCUGGCCGUCAGGAUUCCAUGUCUUUGUCCGCGCAAACCGGAGCCGUGGAGGUUGGAGUCCUCGAGGCUGUAGCUGUAUCACGAUAACAUGGAAAUCUGAACUAUAGACUUGUAUAUGUCCUGGAUGCAUUGUGAAACACCCAUGCCGCUCAGUAUUUCUGUAACAUACGUGGGACAUACGUGCAUUUUUCUGUUCUCCUCUAUAGAAAAAGGAGUAAAAAAACACUAAUUUAGGCCAUGUGAAUAUGGUUUUCCUGCUUUCAAUAUAUUCAGUAGCCAUCUAUAUACACUACACUGUGUGUGGACGUUAAUUAUGUACAGAAGAGCAUCAAGCCAGCUGUGGACUGUAAUGAAGCUCCUCAACCUUGAGCUUUGCAGUGAUACCUAUUGCUGCUGUCCAAGGUUCUGAUCAUAUGAUACUCCAUGCUGAUGUGUCUACUGCUCUAGAACGUUUCCGAUGAACAAAUUACGUUUUUUAUGUAAUACGAAUUGAAAGAAAAACUCACUUUAAAUCUACUGAAGGGCUUUCAGGUCUAUACUAUAUGAAAAAACAUUAUUGCUUUUGCCUGAACUUGUGUAAAGUGAGAGAAAUUUGAGACAGAUCCUGACAAGUGAUGGUUAAAGGAAUUUGAAUUGUUGUUAUUUAUGCGUUUACUUAUUAAUUUGCCAAAUGUCAUUUUAGAAGUCAGCUUAGUCAAAGAGCAAUUAUACCAAACGUAUAUAAUAAGAAAUAAUACGUACAUGACAUGUUUAAUAAAGUAUAACCUACAUUUGCAGAACACUUAACCAGUUGAAAGAAAUCAAAAAAGGAUAAUUGAGUCUAGUGAUAAAAGAAAUAAUAUUAAAUUUUACUGCUGUUUUUCUAUUUUGUUUUUUGAAUAUUUUAUAGUGUAUUAAUGGAAGCUAGCUAUUGUAGUUGCAAAUUAUUCAUGCUAAAUAAAGGUUAUUAAACU